AUGAAGAUAUUUGUUCUCUCACUUUUUUUUAUUGCAGCUCUCGGAGUCAUUGAAAUUCCUCUCUCUCAUACCUAUAAGACAGAAGAAGAGCAAUAUGCUUAUUUCAAGCUUAUUCAGCUCAGAAGGCUGUUUGGGGCAAGUAAUGUCCCGAUUUCUAACUAUUUAGAUGCUCAAUAUUAUGGCCCGAUUUCGAUUGGGACUCCUCCUCAGCCUUUUACUGUUGUUUUCGAUACAAAUUCUCCACUCCUUUGGGUGCCAUCGAAAACAUGCACCUCCCUAGCUUGCCAUACGCACCAUACUUAUAACUCAGCAGCAUCAUCCACAUAUAAAAAGAAUGGGGAUAUUCUUUAUUUUGGUUAUGACCAAGGUGAAGCUAAUGGCUUUGUGUCGCAAGACACUUUGACCUGGGGCGGAUUCACUGUCAAAGACGUUGAAUUUGGAGAAAUGACCUAUCUUGAUGGAUCUGGCUGGUUGGAAACCAAGCCAGAUGGGAUAUUAGGAAUGGCCUAUUUCUCAACUUCUGUAGAGAAGCUGCCUCCUCUAGCAUUCACUUAUUUAUAUAAACAAGGGCUGGUAACUAAUAACAGCUUUGCAUUUUAUUUAACCAAAAAUGCAAAUCAAGCAGGAAGCACUCUUACAUUAGGAGGCUAUAUAAAUUCUGCUGAAAUUGUCUUAUUUUUGUUAUAAGGAUCCCCCCUCAUUUGUCCAAUUUUCUAGUCUUUUAUCAUUUGUCCAUUUUUCUAGUUUUUUUUUAUAGAAAAAAAAAAUUUUUUUUAGGACCUCACUUGUCCAAUUUUCUAGUCAAAAUUUUGAUAGAAAAAAAAAUUUUCAGGACCUCAAUUGUCUCAUUUUCUAGUUUUUUUAAAGUAAAAACUAAAAAUUUAGGAUAUUCGAAAAAAUCCAAAAAAGAGUAGAAUAUAUGGGACAAAUCAUCUUUGACUAGAUUUUGGGACAAAUGAGAUCCUGAAAAAAUUUUUUUUCUUACUCCCCCCCCCCCUCCGUGAGCGAACAAAAAAAAUUUUUGUUCACUCACGGAGGGGGGUUAAUUUUUUUUUUAAAAACAAUUUAUAUAUAAAUUUUAUAAAAAAUAUUUUUUUCGAAAUUUAAAAAAAAUCCUAAUUUGCAAAAAUUGGGAAGCAAAUACUAAUUUAAUUUGCAAAAUUUAUGUUUUAAAACGCAAUUUGUUUAAAAUUAAACAGAAUUAGCUCUAGAUUUCAUUAUACUAAUUAUCACUUAUAUAGCAAAAUUUUUUUCUAUUAAAAUUUUUUCUAUUAAAAAUAUUUUUGUUCACUCACGGAGGGUGGGUUUUUGGUCAAAAAAUGGCGAUUUUUCUAAUGGUUUUGUUCGCUCACGGAGGGGGGGGGGGAGUUAGAAAAAAAAGUCUAGAAAAUUGGGACAAAUGAGGGGGGGAUCCUUAUGAGUAUUUAUGUUUAUUUAUUUGGAUUUGUAUAUAACUCAACAAUCUACAUUAAAAUGGCGACGGCGAACCAGCCCUUUUUCUCAAUACCUGUAACCAUAGGCUCGAAAGGCCUUGGAGUCCUUAUGGAAGGGAAAUUAGCGCUCGGUAAGUAUAUCCGGCUAGGUUUUACUUACCUUGGUGGAGCGCAAUGUCGAAUUAGGUCGACCGCAGCUCACUCAUUCAAGGUUUUCACCUCAUUCCCCCCUUUAAAUUGGAACAAAAGAUUUUGUUCCAAUUUAAAGGGGGGUUAAGAAAAUUUUUUCUAAAAAAAAAUUCUCAAAAAUUAUCGAAUUAGGCUAAUAAAUUUGGUUAAAAAUGCUAUUUACUCUUUAUCAUUUAAAAAAUAGCAAGACAAACUAAAUUUUCAUUAUUAGUUAAUAUGACACUAUUAAUUGGGCAUCAACUAUUGACACAAAAAUUUACCGAUCAAAGUGCUAAUUUUGUUAAAUAAGAUGUUAUUUAUACUCUAUCUUUAAAAUAAAGCAAUAAAUAAGUAAAUUUUCAAUUUUUUAAAGAAUUUCGCAUUGAAUUUAUAUCAAAAUUAUUUAAAUAAAAAAAAUAAUAUUUUUUUUUUUAAAAAUUUAGCACUCAAGGAUAUAAAGUUAUUUAAAAAAGAUACUUUUAUACUCUUUUCUUUAAAUAAGAGCAAGAUAAAACUAAAUUUUUUAUUUUAGUUAAGAAGAAAGAUUUAACUUAUAUCAAAACUUUUUACAUAAAAAUUAUGAUUUUUAUCUAUAAAAUUUUUUAUUGUAAAAUUAAAGGGGUUAAUUUAUCAAAAAAAUAGGAAUUUACCUAUAUAUUUUGUCCCGAUUUAAAAGGGGGGGUCAGGGGAUAAUGGGAUAGUGAGUUACACUAUCUAAAACGGAGCUUUUGUUGUUGACACUAUCAAAAAAAGCCCAUUCUUGAUUGUGUAAGUCACUAGAUUAAGAGUUGGAAAGAGGUAGCUCAGCGACACCGUGGGUUACUGCACGGCCCAUCAGGCACUUCUCCGGGCGUUGCGUUCCAGACUUUAGAUUUCCAUUUUGGCCAUAGCUCGACCAGAAAAUUUGUUUUUCAAAUUUUCGGAAAGAGCAACCACUGUUGAUGUACUGCAAGGUGGCGCAACUCAUCUGCUACAGGUGGCAAGCGCUGGCCUUCGUCUGCAGGAGCGAAGCUUUGAAGGUCGCGCUACGAUUGGCGGCGGGCAAAUGAGUGGAGAAUUACGGGUAGAAGUAGUCCUUCGGAAUAACGGCGGGCUUCUAUAUAAGUUUAAUUGGGGUGCAUGUCAAAUAACUUUGCCGUUUUGAUAGUGUCCAUUUCCGAAAAAUUCUUGAUCGAAAAUUUUUAAUAGUGAGACAUUUGACCGAAAAAAACCGUUAAUUUUCGGAUGAAAUGCACACUGUCAAAAAUCCACGGUCAUUUGACAUGGAGCCGUUUAAUUGACUUAAGUUAAGUAUAUAACUCAACGUUGUCGAAAGGGGACUGGAAUUAUAUUCCUCUAUACAAGCAAGAGAUGUGGACUAUCAAGAUAGGAGCUAUAAGCGUAGGCGGACAAGCUAUUUCUGGAACUGGAUUCAAUGCAACUUUCGAUACUACGACUUCACUGCUUGUAGGAAGCUUUAAUAUUGUGAACGAAAUUAAUGUGAAUAUUGGAGUAGUAGCUGAAGAUUGUUCAAAUAUAAGUAAGCUUCCAACAGUAAAUAUUGUUCUUGGAGGAGUUACUUAUGCUAUGCCUCCAAGUGCUUAUGUCUUGCAAAUCCCUAACGGAAACUCCUAUCAAUGCAUCAACGGAUGGCAACCUGAAGACUUACUCUAAGCUUAUAAAAUUUAAUUUAAUAAAUUAUGGAGUUUCUUUUAAAAUUCUAGCUUUUUUAGAUUAAAAUGAGUUAGGACCUGGUAUGGAUAAUACAAUUAUCCUUGGUGACCUCUUUAUUAGAACUUAUUACACUCUCUUCGACAUGGGCAACUUAAGAAUUGGACUUUCAACUGCGGUUUAA